UCAGUGUGGAGUAGCUCGCGAAUGCGCGUUCCUCGUCGAUUUCAUUGACGCGUUGCCGGUUGAAAAGUUGAAAGAAAGAGAAAGCAACGCGUCGAAAAUCAGCCCUAGAAAGCAGAAAACCAGGACCUUUCUUAUUGGUUUUGUGCCUCUCUUCGGUAUAUUUUUCUCGUCCGACGAGACCUUCGCCGUCGUAAUUGCACUUUCGGAGCAAGAAAGGGCUUCGCGUUGAUAAAGGAGCUAGACACACAGUCACGUUUGUUGAAGAUCAUCUCUUCACGAUGAAGAUGAAUUGGACAAUACGCACGUUAUUCAGUAUAAUUCAGUAUACAUAUUUGGUAGUAUACCGAAUAUAUUCGCUUAUCUAUCGCAAGAAGCCGUCAAAAAUACCACCGACGGAGAAUCCCCUAUUCACGCUGAGCGCCACCACACUCGCCAGGAAGAUCCGACAGCGAGAGAUCACGAGCUACGAAGUGGUGUACGCGUACACAGAGCGAAUAAAGGAAGUGAAUCGUCUCUUGAAUGCCGUCGUGGAGAAUCGAUAUAGAUCGGCUAUAAUAGAGGCGAAAAUUUGUGACGAGCAAUUGGCCGCCGGCAAGGUCGACGUCAAAAUGUUGGAAGAAAAGAUGCCGCUCUACGGCGUGCCCAUCACCAUCAAAGAAUGCUGCGCUGUUAAAGGUCUUAGCCACACCGGUUGCUCUUUGACCCGCAAAGGGGUGAAAGCGACUGCGGACAGCACAAUCGUCAAGCUGCUCCGUAAUGCCGGUGCGAUUCCACUUUGUGUUACGAACACUCCGGAACAGAGCAGUAAUAUCGACACCUCAAAUUUACUGUAUGGCACCACCUUUAAUCCGUACGAUAUCAGGUACUCUGCCGGCGGAUCGUCUGGCGGAGAGGGCGCCUUGCUCGGAUCAGGUGCUUCCUUGAUCGGAAUAGGCUCGGACCUGCUCGGAUCUGUAAGAAUACCGGCACUCUUUAACGGCGUUUUCGGACACAAACCCACGUCCAAAAUAGUUCCGAUCGAAGGACAUAUACCAGAAAGCGACGAUGAAGUUUUUCUAAGUUACGUAACUUUCGGCCCGAUGACCAGAUACGCGGAAGAUCUCAAUCUGCUUAUGAGAGUACUGACGUCAACGUGCAAUCAUGAUUUGCGUCUAACUGUGCCGGUCGAUUUGAAGCAAUUAAAGGUCUAUUACCUGCAAAGCUUGGACGAAUCAUUCGGCAUGUUACCGAUAUCGCCGAACAUCGAGCAGUGCGUCCUGAAAGCCGCAAAUCACUUCAAAGAGCGCGAUAUUCACACGGAAAAGUUACCGAUCGAUUGGCCAGUCACGCAGCAUGAGAUAACAAUAGUGGGGAUAUUGAAUAUAAAGAAGUUUCCGCAACUAAUACCAUCUAGCGAUCUCAAGAUCCGGAAGAAUCCCUCGGUGGAGAUGAUGAAAGCUUUCUUCUGCAAGUCGCAACACACGAUAUCUGCGAUCCUCUUCACAUUAUUAUUGAAAACACAUUUCCUUUUCACAAAGUCGGAUAUAUCGUAUUACACGCAGCAUGCAGAACAGCUUCGACAAAAUUUACUGGAUGUGUUGGGAGAGGACGGAGUGUUCAUAUAUCCGACUUUACGACGUCAGGCAACCUUCCUUCGAUUUGCAUUGCUUGAAUUUAUAAAUGUCGCGUAUUGCGGCAUCUUUAAUAUUUUCGGCUUUCCCGCAGUACACGUGCCGAUGGGACUCGAUCCCGACGGAUUGCCAAUAGGCGUUCAGGUGAUAGCCGCGCCUUAUCAGGAUCGUCUUUGUUUGGCAGUUGCGGAGGAACUGGAGAAGGCCUUUGGUGGCUGGACGCCGCCUCCCUUCAGCAACGACGACUGCGCUAAAUAAACGCGACUAACUGGUUGCUGACGUUACUUUGAGAAAAUCUUUUGAUACUUAAAAAAAAACACAGUGUGACGAAUGUCGAUGCUCUGACGCACGUAAAUAACUGCGGGUAUGGAAUCUCCACUCUUUGUAUACAAAUUUUUUAAAUAUUGUUUCGUCAAAUAGGAUAUCUACUUUAUCUUACGUUAUCGUUGUCUCGUUGAUUGACGUUGAUUUGUCGCAUCAAAUACUUAAAUUUGCGAUAGAUCAUCCGGAUGGUAUAAAAUGUAUGUAUACUUUCGUACAAACUGGUAGAGUUACGUUUUCAAACGUACAUCAUUCAUUACUCGGCUUCGUGACGCGUCCUUCGUAGAUUCGUUUCCGACGUUUUGUGAACGUUCCAGUUCACUAACUCAGUGAGAGGGACAGGCCGAAGCUUCGAAUAUCAUACAUCACUCCGUUUAUUUUUCCACAAUGAUUCUCUGGUCGCGCUGUUGCAGUAUACAUUGUUUCUUCGUGUCCGUCUUCCCCCUGCGAUCUAUACUUUUUAUUCGGACCGAUGUAUCGCGAUGUGUCGGCCAAGAUCUAACUGUCAUCACUACUGAACGUGUGUAAACGGACCUUACAAAUGACGAAAUUAUCUCUAUGUAACUCUCGGAAGUGCGUGCUAACGAUGCUCAAGCUUAACACAAAGAACCUCGACUAUAUCUCUCAUAUAUUCCGUUUCCGACUGUAAACCUGUAAACCUGCUCAAAGGCGCAAAUGUUUAAAGGCUUCCGCAUACGAAGAGAUGUUACCAUAAAUUGACGUAGGAUAUAAACUUAAGCUGGAAAACAAAUCAGAAUGUUGAAGUUUGUGUAAUCCGCAGGAAGAUGGAAGUAACCGUAUGACUACCGAUUUUAACGAGCCGAAUUCCAGUUAUUUCUGAUUAUGAUCAGAUUUAUAUAUCCCAGAGUUCCGUCUUCUUCUAAAAGUGUAUAAAUAUAAAGCAGUUUCCCGGAAAAAAAUAUUUCGUAUAUAAUUAUAUCUAGAAUAUGCCUAUAUAUACUUAUAUAAAAUAUAUAAUUAUAUAUAUUGACAUAUAUUCAUUCAUAAUCAUGCAUAAUCCAUUAAAUAUAUUUAUAUAUAAUUAUAUAUUUAAUUAAAUAUUUUUAUAUAUGAACAUAUCUUAUAUAUGACGUCUUAUAUAUAAUUAUAUAAAACGCCAAAUAAAUAUUUAUACCUAAUUAUAGUGGAAAAUUUUUCUUUGAGGUCCUGAUUGAUUUUUCAGCUUAAAUUUACUUUUUAUGUUUACGGUUACGGCGAUUCGUGUGCGAAAGCCUAAACACGCUGAGGAAAACUGAAGAGUCGUUGCGAAUAGCGUGAUCCUAGACGCGCCCUCUCUCGCGGAUCCUCGACGUUUCCGUGCGACGUUGCAAUUUCGUCGAGUGUGUUUCGGAAUACUGAUCGAUUUAAGAAAAAAAAAAAAAAAAAAAAAAAAAUUAAAA